AUGUUACUGCUUCUAAGUUUGAUAGCGGUUUGCGCGGCGAAGUUGGAUCUCACCGUGAGACUACCUUUGGAACAGGCAGAAAAGCUCGAUGGGGAGGACCUCAUAACUUACCUGCGCAACCAGAACUUGUUCCAGGUAAAAGAAUCCAAAGAAGCUGAUGAGCGCAUGGAAUAUUUGAUGGAUCCGAAGUAUUUGGUUUCUCCUAGUGCAGAGGAGCGUGUAGAACUGGAUAUUGGUGAUGAACCCAUACCUGAGGAGUUAGUCUUUCAUGAUGUUCCCGCAACAAAGACUGUAUUUAUCCAAAAAGCAUUUCUUGUACUAAGGCAGGAAUGCAAACAAUAG